AUGUCCUCCUCCCGCAAAACCGCAACCGCCCAAGCCGAACUCUCCCUCCUCCCCACGCUGAAGAACUGCCUGCUCAACUUGCCUUCCUCGCUGGUAGCGGUGUUGCUUAAUUCGAAUACGCUUGCGCAGAAUGUGAUUGUUGAGUUGUCGUACCGCGUACCGGGACAGGGACAGCAGCAAGGACAGCAGCAGCAGCAGCGCAAAGAUGCAAGUGGGGGAACGCAGAAGUCGGUGUUUCUGGGAUGGACCGGUAUGCAGUCGAAGUCUCGCCAGACGCCUUUCGUGGGGAAGGAGGGUUUGGUGGGGAGGGAAAGAGAGGGCCAAGGUGGGAGAGGUGGGGCGGGGGAGAGGGAGGUGCCGGUUGUGGAGGUGGAUGGGACGUUUGCGCGGUUGGUGGGGUUGGGGGAGGGGAUGAAGGUGGGCGUGACGUUGCAUUUUGAUCCGCCGCAGGCGCAUACGGUCAAUAUUGAACCGAUGACUGCUACGGACUGGGAGAUCAUCGAACUCCACGCCCGUUUCCUCGAAAUGAACUUCCUCUCCCAAGUCCGCGCUCUACCGAACCCAGCUGCCGGUCAACCGCAUCCGCUUACGCUACACCUGACGCCGACAGCUACGGCGAAUAUUCUCGUCACUUCGUUGACGCCUGCUGUACCUAACACGCAGCCUUUCGUGAAGAUCUCGCCGGAUGCGGAGGUUAUCGUGGCGCCGAAGACACGGCAGGCGGUACGACCUGGGAGCGCGAGGGACAAUAGGAGUGUGACGAGUACGAGUCGCAGGAGUGCUGGGGGUAGGAGUACGUCUGAGGCCAAGGGGAGGGCUGAUGCUGAGAAAGCACGACCGCCGCUUUUUCUCAGAGGUGUCACGCGUGGGCUUGAAAAUGAGUGGUUUGAAGAUGGUGGUGAGGAGAUGAAAGAUGAAGGGCUGAAAGUGUGGUUGGAUCGUGAGCACUUGCUGAGCAAAACCUUGCGAGGGGUAACUUGGGUGGGCGUCACGGUUAUUAAGCCAGCUGGACUCCAGGAGCAGACUGAUCCGCAGAGCUCGCCGCAGCCGGAGCAAAUGCCUGCUCAGAAGGUUGUGGCGAAGCUUUGCUUGUGGGAUGAUGCUCCAGAUGCUCGACACGUUGCUUUGUCCAGUAUGCUUUGCGCGGUACUGGGCUCUGACGGGCUGGUUGGCGGUAUCGUACGCAUCGAUCCUGCCCCGUCACCGCUGCCAAAAACUGCUUCGGCGUUGAAGGAGCCGUCACAGCAGGCGAGCAAGGAUGCGAUCGUCAAGCGUUUGCGCGUCACGCCUUUUGCUGGCUCGCAGGCAAAGCAGGCUGGUUUCAAGUUCGGCGGUGAGUCGAAGGCUGAGAAGGAAGAAGCUGCUGCACGUGUGAAAGCACUAUUCGGCAAGACUCUACUCGAAGGACCUUUGACGGACGGCAUGCUGCUUCCCAAACAAGACUCCUGGCCCGGCGGCCUCUUGGACCUCGAUCCUGCGCCUCCUGGUGACCCGUCGAAGUCGAGGACAAAUUGGCUGCUAGGUGCGGAGCGGAAGCUAGAAAUUGCAAUGCAGCCGGAGACGGCGCCUGUGAAAUUGCCACAAGCGCCUGGAGAGCCUUUACCGGAUGACGCACCCUCGAUGGUGGGAGUGGAUACUCUGAUGCAGCAGGUGCGGUCGAGUCUGCUGCACUCCUCAUCUGUACUUCUGACUGGCGGUCUCGGCGCCGGGAAGACGUCGCUGGUGCAGUUGCUUGCAUACCAACUUCGGGACGAGUACUUGUUCCAUGCGGUCUACUACCCUUGUCGGACGUUGGUUACGGACGAGACGAGAGUCAAGACGAUCAAAGAGGCGCUGCAGCGAGUCUUUGGCUCCGCAGCUUGGGCGGCGAGGAUGGGCGGGCGAUCGCUUGUAAUACUUGAUGACCUGGAUAAAUUGUGCCCGGUUGAGCAGGAGUUGCAGGUCGAUGCAAAUGGUCGAAGCAGGCAGGUAAGCGAGCUGUUGUGCUCGAUUGUGCGGCAGUAUUGCACGAGAGAUUCGGCAGUCGUGCUACUGGCGACCGCACAGAGCAAGGAGGCGCUGCAUAAUGUGCUUGUUGGUGGGCAUGUGGUGAGAGAUAUCCUAGCGCUCAAGGCGCCGGAUAAGGAAGGGAGGCGGAAAGUGCUUGAGAUGCUUACCCAGCAAGCGACAGAAGCGGCUCAGAAAGAUAAUGGCGGAGGAGUCGCAAGAAAUCACAAUGCUGUGCGAGAGUGGAUGGAAGGUUCAGACGAUGGCCAAGAAGAGUCUAUCGACGGCCUACACGACGAGGCAGAUCCCCAACUGGACCUCCUCGACAUUGCCGGCCAGACAGACGGAUACAUGCCCGGUGAUCUCGCCCUUCUAGUCUCCCGAGCACGGAGCGAAGCCCUCAUCCGCGCAGUCUCCGACACCUCCCUCUCCGACGACGUCGCCCUAACCGAGCCCGACUUCGCCGCAGCCCUUAAAGGCUUCACCCCGGCCUCCCUGCGCGGCGUGACGCUGCACUCCUCCACUACUACUUUUGCCUCCAUCGGCGGCCUGCGCGAAACACGCAAGACUCUGCUCGAGACCCUGCAGUACCCUACCACCUACGCACCCCUGUUCGCGAAAUGUCCCCUUCGCUUACGAUCAGGCUUGUUGUUGUACGGCUACCCCGGCUGCGGGAAGACUAUGCUCGCCUCCGCCGUCGCGGGCGAAUGCGGCCUCAACUUCAUCUCCGUCAAAGGUCCCGAGAUCCUGAAUAAGUACAUUGGCGCUUCGGAGAAGAGCGUGCGGGAUUUGUUCGAGCGAGCCGAAGCAGCGAAGCCUUGCGUGUUGUUCUUCGACGAGUUCGACUCGAUUGCCCCCAAGCGCGGGCACGAUUCCACCGGUGUCACAGAUCGCGUUGUGAAUAUGCUCUUAACAAUGAUGGACGGCGCGGAGGGGCUGAGCGGGGUGUACGUGCUCGCAGCUACCUCACGUCCAGACCUCAUCGACCCCGCGUUGUUGCGGCCCGGGCGGUUGGACAAGAGUCUGAUCUGCGAUAUGCCUGACGAAGACGACCGACUGGACAUCUUACGCGCGGUGAGCAAGCGGUUGAAAGUCGACCCCGAGAUUGUGGACGCAGAGCAUGGGAGGAGUUUGAAGGCGGUGGCGGGGCAGACGGAGGGGUAUUCCGGGGCGGAUCUACAGGCGGUGGUGUAUAAUGCGCAUUUGGAGGCUAUUCACGAUUUGCUGGGGCCGGGAGACAAUGCUGCCCAGGACUUUGGGAAGAAGAAGGGGAGUGGGGCCGGCAAGGGAGGGAAGCAGCAGGAUUUCAGCUACUUCCGGCUUGGAGGGGAGGAGAAGGAUGCAGCGGCGCCGCAGAGCGCUGCCACAUUGGCCGCAGAAAGGACGCAGUUGGCGGCGAAGAUCAAUGCGAUGCAGGUCGCGAGAAGGAAAGCGAAGCAAGAGCGGAAGGAAGCAAAUCAGCAGCACCGCCCGAAUUCUUCUGCUGGUGGACAGCCGCAGACGAACGGCGUAGCGGAGCCAGCUGCCAGCCAGGAGCCGGUGAUUAUGUGGCGGCAUCUGCAGAAGGGGUUGGAGAGCACGAGGGCAUCGAUCAGUGCGCAGGAUCGGAGGAGGAUGGAGAGGAUCUAUAGGGAGUUUGUUACUGGUAGGAGUGGGGAGAUGUCGGAUGGGCAGGGGAGUAGUGAGGUGGGGGGGAGGUCGACUUUGAUGUAG